UGAAGCAAAACCCCACCGCUCCUUCACUCGGUUCACACCCCCAAUACCGUUCUUGUUUCUUCUGAGCCCCAUUUAUACAUUUCGCAGCGGAAUCCCACACUCGGAAGCUCACAAAGCUCGAAAAUUUUGUGGCAAUGGAGGACAACGAGGAGGUGGGUGAGGAGUAUCUCUUCAAGAUUGUCCUAAUUGGCGACUCUGCUGUUGGCAAGUCCAAUUUGCUCUCUCGCUUUGCUCGCAACGAGUUCGAUAACAAUUCUAAGGCUACAAUUGGGGUUGAGUUUCAGACCCAAGCUGUGGAAAUUGAUGGCAAAGAAGUUAAGGCUCAGAUCUGGGACACUGCUGGCCAAGAACGAUUCAGAGCUGUCACUUCUGCUUACUACAGAGGUGCUGUUGGGGCUCUCGUUGUUUACGAUAUCAGUAGGAGAAGCACUUUUGAUAGCACCAAAAGGUGGCUCGAGGAGCUUUCUAUUCAUUGUGAUACCACAGUGGCAAGAAUGUUGGUGGGGAAUAAGUGUGACCUGGAGAAUAUCAGAGAGGUUAGCAUAGAGGAUGGCAAAGGCCUCGCAGAAGCAGAAGGCUUGUUCUUCAUGGAGACAUCUGCACUUGAUUCUACCAAUGUUCAAACAGCUUUCGAGAUUGUUAUCAGGGAAAUCUACAACAAUAUCAGCCGGAAAGUGUUGAACUCUGAUUCUUACAAGGCCGAACUGUCUGUGAAUCGAGUCAACCUCGCUAACGGGGCGGGAUCAAAGCAAGGCCGGCUGAAUUUUUCAUGCUGUUCUUCAUGAGCCUUGUUCCAGACUUGGUUUUGUUACUGCCGUGGAUAUUUUCGGUGUAGCCUUCCUUUACUUUUCCUUGAUAGUAUGAAAUCUCCUCAUCCUCUGUUGUGCCCCCCCAAAACAAAGGAGGUCAAUAUUUUUUCUAAAGGUUCACAUAUUGCAAAGCAUGUUAUUCAUUUUCAAUUUACUAGACCUUCUUCCUUAAUUCUUGAGGCCCUUGAUCCUGAUGUGACUGAGACGGUA